AUGCGUACACCUUACUUGUCAGGCGCCCUCCUUCCCAAUGAUCAAGCCGGUCAUAAGGUAGUCGUUCUUAAUCGUGGGGAGCAUAGUAUUCAUGAUCCGAGCUUACAGACCGCCGGAGAACGCGUAGGAGGUUGGUAUACUACAAGAGAUCGCCAAGUUUCCGAGCCAUAUAUAUCGAGUCUACUCAACAAAGUCAACGGAGACGAGCGCUUGGUUGACCAUCUCCAUCCUACCAUUGUCGAGUUCAAGAGGUUGAUCGAUACUAGCCCAGCUCUUAGGAAAGGAUUCGAUGAAAUGUUUGAACAAGUUCCGAAUACUUCUCCGUAUGAUAAGGAUCCUACGCUUAGGCCACAGAUACGCGAUUACAAUACAAUGCUCAAGGCUUUCGACUAUAUUAUCACCCAUUCUAUUCCCUACGAGGAUCAUGCGUUCGUUGGGUUUCCUAUUAACGCAAUUCUUAAUUGGCCAAUGGGGACGGAAGCGGGGCAGGCAGUGUUCUUGGAUCCUGCAGUCAACGCCCAGUUCAAGAAAAUGUUUGACGCCUGGUCUGACUUCUUGUCUUCACCUGACUCGCGCGAAUACCUGACCACAGACAACAAUGGCUGGUUUGGUCCAAAAGCAAGCCAGAAUAUUCCAAAUUUUACUCAGAUAUUUAAAUGCAACCCUUGCGCCCCUUACUACGGGUUCAAAUCCUGGGAUGACUUUUUUACACGCGAAUUGCGUGAGGGUGUCCGCCCUGUCGAGUUCCCUGACCGAGACGACAUCAUCAAUAGUGCUUGCGAAUCGACUGUUUACCGAAUCGCCACUAAUAUCAAGGAAGCAGACAGCUUUUGGCUUAAGGGAUCUCCCUACUCUUUACGACACAUGCUGAAUAAUGAUCCUUACAUGGACAAAUUCGUUGGAGGUACUAUUUACCAGGCUUUUCUUAGCGCAUACAAAUACCAUCGCUGGGCUAGCCCCGUCAAUGGAGUCAUUGACCGAGUCGAGCUCAUACCUGGCACAUAUUACGCUGCCUCUCCCGCGAUGGGUUUCGCGAAUCCGGAGGGACCAGAUCCUGUAUCUCAAAUGCUCUCCCAAGCUUAUAUCACCGCUGUUGCUACUCGGGCACUUAUAUGGAUACGAUGCGAUAAUCCAAAAAUCGGAUUAAUUGGAUUCCUAGCCGUUGGUAUGUGUGAGGUCUCAACCUGCGAGGUAACCGUCAGGGAGGGAGAUAUAAUCAGGAAAGGGGAUCAGCUGGGUAUGUUCCAUUUUGGAGGAUCGACCCAUUGCCUAUUGUUUCAAAGCGGAGUCAAAGUCAUCUUUGACAAGCGAUAUACUGAGGCUGACUGCGAGGUACUGCUGAAUGUGGCGAUAGCCACCGUGGAAUACAAGCAUAAGAAUCUUGGUUGA